CUGGCAUGCCUUCUUUGUCACUGGACCCACCUUGUGAAUUACUUAAUAGAAAACGAAAGGGAAAUAAAACAUACGGUUUACUUCACCAAGAUGAAUGAGCUACUGCUUAUACCAGUCAACUCUAGAAUUGUGUUAAAAUGCGCUGGGGGUUCUGAAGAUGAGCAAAACGUUGUGUGGCUCAAAGAAGGAGGGGCAGUCCCCACUGGAGAGGAAUACAGCGUAUUUAACAGCAGCUUCAUUAUAAAGAACACAAAAAAGUCCGACUGUGGUAUUUACUCCUGUGUAAUGGGACAAAACCUAAGCAGCUUAAAUAAGACAUACAAGCUUCAGGUUGAAGGUAUGCCAUCACUACAUACUGGUACACUGGUCACAUCUUCUCUGGUUUUAUGCCUGGCUCUAUUAACUGCUGUUCCAAUGAUUCUGCGCCUUGUGAAGAAAAUUCCAGGAGAAAGCGGUAAAGUGGCGGUUUGUUUCCAUGUAAACUGGUUUUUCCUUCCUGUCUUCAUGUCCACUGCUUUCCUAUUCUGGGGUGCAGUUGAAGGUUUUUCCGUAGCAGUUAUCCUUUCUAUGUUUGUCCAUUUGUUGCCAAUUCCUUAUAUCCUGCAUUUUGAUAACUGUCUUUUCGAUCAUCAUGAGGACUAUCACAUCCUUGGAUUUCUCUGUGGAACAAACAUCCUCUCCCAGAUUAAUUCAAUCACUCUGAUUGUGUCAGUGGUUGUCCAAGCUGGGAAAUCCUGCAUUGUUGUGACUGACCUGGUUCCCAGUGCUGUAGUGACCAUUUUAAUAAUCCUUCUUCUGUUGUUUACAUCAGUAGCUCCUGCAAUAAAUUACCGAAUCAAAAACUGGAAGAAACAGAAGAAAUCACAGGCUUAUUUACAGCAAUGGUACAAGAACUUGAGAAAACUACAGAUGGAGACCACUAGAUGGAUGAGGGAGUCUAACCUGCAGAAGAAAGGUCAACUGAGGAAGGCUGCUGGACCAAUGAGAUCAGCUGAACAGAUCAGGCUGGUUGAACCAAUGAGAGCAACUGAAUGUCAACAAAGUCUUCAACUAGUAAAUGCACCUGCAAUAAGAAGGGAAAACCAAAUGUACUGGUGUGAGCAAUAUGAACGAAUUAAACAAGGACCUGAACUCAUGACAAGGGAAGAGAUGAUGAAGCACUCUGAAGAUCAUCACAGACAAGAGUGCCCACGUCAGCCAUUGAGAAUAAAACUACAUCCUCCAGUAGUGAGAAGAGACAGCCUGAAGGAUGCAACUCAUGUUGUGUGAGAAGAGCUGAUUAAAAUAAACAAUGUUAAAAGUUAAA